AGUAAUGUGAAGUUUAAUGAGCACCUGCAAAGUCGUGUAGCAGGGAAGGAACUGCCAUGCCCGUGGGAAUCUUCCGGGUGUGCCUAGUGGUGAUUACAGCUAUUGUCAACCACCCGCUCCUCUUCCCUAAAGAGAAUGGCACUGUCCCCGAGAAUGCGGAAGAAAUCAUCCGGAAGAUGAAGGAGCGGGAGGAGAGCCUUCGGCUGGAGCAGUUGCGCUUGGAGCAGGAAAUUGCAGACCAGGAAGCCACACAGAAGGCUCUGGAAAAGGCUGCAGAGGUAGUUGAGGAAAGCAAAGAGGAAAAGGUCCAAUGGGAUACGUGGACUGCCCUUUCCAUGGUCAUCUUCCUGCAGGAUUUCCAGGAAGGGAGUUGGCAGGACACAGGAGGAGAAGAAGAUGACAUGGCUGUCCUGGGGAAAGCAUUUAAAGGAGUGGCCUUCCCUGACAAGGCUGUCUUGGCUAGCUUCUACGAGAAGCGCAUCCUGGGUACCACUGGAGACAUGGCCAGGAUGCGGGAGAUGGUGGAAGGCUUUGCAGAUGACCUGCUGGAGGCCUUGAGGAGUGUUUGUAACCGGGAUGCUGACAUGGAAGUGGAGGACUGCAUGGGUGUGGGGAGCAUGUAUGAGAAUUGGAGAGUGCGUAAACCUUUUGUCUGUGAUCUGAUAGUGCCUUUUGCCCCCCCAGAGCCAUACUGUUUCAGGUCCCAGACCUGGUGCUCUGGCGACUCUUUUCCCCCAGAUGAACAAGGCUAUGGCACUAUCAAGGUAUGCAGGGCAGAUGAGGAUGUGACAGGUUGCAUCUGUGACAAGACUAAACUAGGGGAAGAUAUGCUGUGCCUCCUCCAUAGCCAGGCCAAUACUACCAGGCCCAGCAGUGAGAUGGAAGACCUCCUGUGCUUCAAAAAUACUCAAUAUCUGGAUGCUGACCAAGUCAUGAAGUGGUUCCAGAUUGCGGUCACCAAGGCCUGGAACAGAAUCUCCCACAAGUAUGAAUUUGACCUUUCCUUCAGCCUCCUGGACUCACCAGGAGCCCUGAAGAUAAAAUUUAGGUCAGGGAAAUCAAUUGCCUUCAACCUCACCCCUGUGGUGCAGUAUGAGAACUCUGACGUUUACUUCAUCUCUCAUUUCCCUCGGAGGGGCCUGGCAGCAGACCUCCCCUCCAGCACUCACUGGUUUCUCACCUUUGCAGUGUAUGAGAGGAGGUUCAUCCAGCUGGUCUCCAAAAUGCUGCCUGCUAAUGCCUGCCAUGUCAGCUGCCUUCAGAUCCUCUCCUUCCUCCAUGGGAAGCAGUGCAGCCUCACAGGUCCAAGCGGGCUUACCAACUACCACCUGAAGACAGUGAUGCUGCAUCUCCUGCAAGCACGUCCCAGUCAGGACUGGGCCCCAGAGAAGUUGGAGGCCCGUCUACAGGACAUGCUGAAAUUCUUGGAGAAAUGUUUGCAUGAGAAGAAGCUCUACCACUUCUUCAUUGGCAAUGGGAAGGUACCAGCAGAGCUGGGCUUCCCCAUCAUAUUCCAAAAGGCUGAACCCCUCAACCUUUUCCGUCCCUUUGUGCUACACAGGGACGUUUACAGGAAGACAGUGGACACAUUCCACGAGAUGCUCAGGAACAUGUCUGCACUAAUAAAUGAAUACACAGUGCACAUUCCCCUUGCACACGCCAAUGGGAUCCAUAAGGAAUCCCUUUAA